AUGACUGUAUCCAAAUUCUUGUACGAACGCCUUUAUUCUCUCAAAUUACACAUUUUUGACAAAAUCUCAAACCUUCUUCUUCUUCGUCGUCGUUGCCGCCGCCGUCAAAUCCUCUUUCUUCUUUUGCUUCUUCGUCAAAAACUCAGCAUCCUCUUUUCCAUCCCCCUCCUCUUUCGUCUUCGCCCUCUUCUCCUUCAGUGCCAACAAUUAUUAAGUAUCCUCUUGUUCCUCCUUCUUUUUCUUCUUCGUCGUCGUUGUCUCCAAAACCUCAGCAUCCUCUUCUUCCUCCUCCUCCUGUUUUUCUUUCUUCUUCUUCAAUGGCAAAAAUUCAGCAUCACCAAUUUCUUCCUCCUCCUCCUCUUCUUUCUUCUUCUUCUUCUUCUUCUUCUUCUUCUUCUUCUUCUUCUUCUUCUUCUUCGUCGUCGUCGUCGUUGUCCUCGUUGUUGUCCUCGUCGUCGUCAUUGUCUUAAAAACCUCAGCACACUCAUCUUCCUUCUCUUCCUCGUUUUUUUUUCUUCUUCCGUGUCAAAAAUUCAGCAACUUCUACUUCCUCCUCCUCCUCUUCUUCCUUCUUCCUCCUCCUACUCCUUCUUCGUCGUCGUUGUCCUCGUUGUUGUCCUCGUCGUCGUCAUUGUCUUAAAAACCUCAGCACACUCAUCUUCCUCCUUUUUUCUUCUUCUUCUUCCGUGUCAAAAAUUCAGCAACUUCUACUUCCUCCUCCUCCUCCUCCUCCUCUUCUUCUUCUUCUUCUUCUUCUUCUUCUUCUUCUUCUUCGUCGUCGUUCAUUCUCCUCCUCCUUCUUCCUUCUCCUUCUCCUUUUUCAUCUUCUUCUUCACCAACGCCAUAUACUCAACAUCUUUCCUAUUCAUGUACGCCUUUCCUUCUUUUUCCUUAACACUCAACAGCCCCCCCAACUUUCUCCGCCUUUUCCUCUUCUCCCUCGUUUUUCUUUGUAUUUUUCAACAGCAUCCUGAUAGCCAUCAUCCCUUUCUUUUUUAUAAUCACUAUAAACUCUGUAUUCUCACCUACUCCUCCACCUCCGACUUCUUCUUCUUUUUUUUUUCUUCUUUUAUUAUUCUUUUUCAUUUUUCUCUUCUUUUUUUCUUUUUUCGGCGGGGUGGGCAACAGUCAUAUCUUUCUAUCUAUCUAUCUAUCUAUCUAUCUAUCUAUCUUAAACCAUUCAUCUCUAUCUGUGUUUCUAUCAUAACCUCUUCACAUCUAUCUUUACCUUUUCAUAUCUAUCUAUCUAUCUAUCUAUCUAUCUAUCUAUCUAUCUAUCUCUCUAUCUUAACCUAUUCAUCUCUAUCUAUCUGUAUUUCUGUCAUUACCUGUUCAUAUCUAUCUAUCUAUCUUAAACUCUUCACAUCUAUUUUAACUUUUUCAUAUCUAUCUAUCUAUCUAUAUAUCUAUCUUAACUUAUUCAUCUAUAUCUAA